GCAAAACAAACUAGUAAUUUUCCUCUCUUUUUCUUUUCCGGGUUUCCUUUGUGAGUUAUGGGUUUAAGGUUUUGUCGCUUUAAGACUUUCCACAUUACAGUGUUUCCAAUCACAAAUUUUUGCCAUGAUAAGUCAUAGAUCAAUCUCAAAAACUCAUGACUGAUAUUCCUCCUCUCAAGAACAUAAUCUUUUGAGUCUUUUGGAGGAUCCCAAAAAAAGGUGGCAAUCUUGUGGUGGUUUAAAAAACAUGCAGAGUGAACACCUUUCUUCUUCCUCUAAAGCUAUGGAAUCUUUAUGGAUAUCCUCUUCUCCCUCUGCUCUUCAGGGUAAUUUUAUUUUCCUUUCUUCUUCCUCUGCUCUUCAGGAUGAGGAUCUCAACGGAUGGUGGCGCCACCAACUAGCGGGGAAGAAAAGGCGGCUUACGGCGACGCAAGUUGAGUUUCUUGAGAGGAGCUUCGAGUUCGAAAACAAACUCGAUUCGGAGAGGAAGUUGCAAGUAGCGAAACAACUCGGGCUAUCACCCCGACAAGUUGCCAUUUGGUUUCAAAACCGGCGUGCUCGAUCGAAGAACAAACAACUCGAGAAGGCCUACGAUUCAUUGAGAGCUAGCUUUAAUAAGCUCAAGGCCGACUUCGAUAAUCUUCUGAAGGAGAAAGAUGGUUUGCAAACGAGGUGACUAUACUCAAAGAGAAGCUGCUUAUAAGACAGGAAGAAGCUUGUUCUGCUAAAAGUGAUGUUUUCGAGUCCGACAGUCCACGUUUUGCUGAUGGCAAUGGAUAUCGUUCUUUGUUCAUGGAUCCUAAAG